CCGGCGACGCGAGCGGACGUCGUGACCUCGCGCGUUUAAAACACACGUGUUUUUGUGAGUAAAUAAGCGUGGACAAUUUAUGUCAAUUGAACCGGACAACGUUGUGUGUGCUAGUUUGUGUCUGACAUAUUGGAUUGCUCGGGCCUACAGCUCGAUUCGCUACACAGUACAUUUGGCACGCUAUGCUAUUGUUUAUUUUGACGACGUAAAGUACUUCAUAUUUUUUCAAUAUGAAACAGUAGAUUAGACAGUAAUAAAUUAAUUUAUUGGAGCAAUCAGUGAUUUCGAAGUGAGUGUGUACGUAUCAGUAUUAAUGAACUCAAGUGAUAUUAUAAGUUAAAAACUAGUAUAUAAAACAGGAUGUGUUUCCGAACAAGAGGAUUCGAUUAGUGAAUAUGUCAGUGAGGUGACGUUGGACCGAGGCCGUUGGGCUGUUGUGAUAGUUAGAAAGAAACAUUCCCCUGUUAAAAAUUCUGUCCCAGGGCCCGGCGGAGAAUUGCAAGGAUAUUUGCAAAAUGACCAAGGGCCCUCGGAAAGUGAAGCUAGUCAUUGUAGUCAACAAUAAGAAAGAUCCGCCCACAUUCAAGACCCUGACGCCAACGUCGCGUACGCAGCUCAAGCAACAGUUGAUGCGAGAACAUGCGCAGGAGCAACUGCGCAGAGAAUCUUUACAAGCACAGCAAGCAGGUCAAUCCAAAGAGAAUGAAGAUAAGAAGAAGUCAAGUCCGACGGACGUCCCUCGGAUCACGCCACACGUGGAGUUACCACCACAAGUGCUGCAGGUGCGAACAGUUCUGGAGAAUCCCACCAGGUAUCACGUGAUCCAGAAACAGAAGAGCCAGGUGCGUCAGUACCUCAGCGAGUCGUUCACACCACAGCCGCAGGUGGCAGGCGCAGUCCGAGGCGCACCUGUGCAAAGCGCGCCAGAACUUGGCACGCGAGCACCUUCCCCUGACAGAGCCUCCUCAUCCAGUCUCCUGAGUCCUGGAAUUUGUUCUGCAGGUGCUAAUUCAGAAGCAGACGAGUUCCUAGAAGACAUCUUAUCCCUGGACAGUGGAGCUGGACCUCUAUCCUCAUCAGAGCCAGCGUCUACAGCCAGCUCCGUGGCCGGAGACUGUGCACUCUUAUCUGAUGCGGAUAUGCACGCAUUAGCAAAGGACAGACAAAAAAAAGACAAUCAUAAUAUGAUCGAACGCCGUAGACGUUUCAACAUAAAUGACAGGAUAAAAGAACUCGGUACCCUGUUACCGAAAACAAACGACCCCUUCUACGAAGUGAUAAGAGACGUCAGACCCAACAAAGGGACGAUCCUCAAAAGCAGCGUGGACUACAUCAAGUGCUUGCGGGAUGAAGUCAAUCGGCUCAAGCAAAGUGAGCAGAGACGGAAGCAGAUAGAGCUGCACAAUAGGAAAUUAACGUUAAGGAUACAGGAGCUGGAGCGGCUGGCGCGCCUGCACGGGCUGCCGCUGGGCGAGGGCUGGUCGCCGCAGCACGACGACGACGAGCGCGCGCCGCCCGCGCCGCCCGCGCCGCCCGCGCCCCCCGCGCCCGCCGCGCCCGCCGCGCCCGCCGCGCCGCCGGAGGUAGUCCUGCCUAAAACUGAACCUUCACCGAUGAUGGAGCUCAGUGAACCUCCCCCUGACCUCCUGCGGGAUACGCCCUCCGGGGAGGCACUCUCCGCCUUAGACGCACUCGAUGGUCUCAAACUCGGGUCCUGUUCGCCCCUCAGUCGUGAGGAAGGACUCUCACUUAGUUGUCUAGAACCUGAUCUGUGCCUCGAACCGGUUACCGAUCAUCUGUUUAACCACAAAGACGUUAAGAUGAGAUUGUCUCCGACCCCCGGGCUGCUGGGCGGCGACGACAACGACGCGGUGCUCAACCUGGCGCAGAUAGAGGACCUCAUGGAUGAUGACUCACACAACCCCGUCACGCAGGGCGACCCCAUGCUGUGCUCGUCGCCCACGGCGCUGGGGCUCGGCGCCGCGCUGCUGCACGUCGACCUCGCGCACGCCGGGUCAUCGCUACUAUCUGAAAACGGGAUGUCGCUAGGGCUGGGCGGCCUAGGCCUAGGUCUCGGGGAGAGUCUCCCGCUGCUGCUGGGGGCGACCCACGCGCCGCACUCCCCCCACGCGCACCCCCGCCCCUGCUUCGACAUGGAUCUCGGGGCUUAGCCGGUUCUGAUGCAACUCUAACUAAACGGACAUUACGAGCGGUAAUGUGAUAUUAAUGCGUAUUGUGAUCGAUAUACCAGAUUUUUAUUUUCAUCAAAUUUUAAAUACAAUGAAACCAGUCGCGGUAGUAUAUUAUUAUACAUUAUAUAAUUAUCAGGCUUAGGCUUAGAGCUAUUAGACCUAGACCAAUAAUAUUGGAAAAUUGACAGAAUGUAAAAAUAUUUUAAAGUAAACUUCAAAAUAUGUCAAUUGUUCAAAAAUAGAUUUUUUCACUUAUAAGCCUUCUAGGGUAUUUUCCGAAAUUUCUUAAGAAUCGAAAACUACAAAUUACUAUUACAGACCUAGUUUACGAUUUUUAAUACAAUUGAAAAUUAUUAAAAUCCGUGGCAAAAUAACUCUAGGCCAUAUUGUGCCUUAAAAUAUAUUCAACAUAGUACUAAAAUGGUCUAAGGCGUCUUUUAACUUGAAUCCACUACUGAUAAUUAUUAAAUGUAGGCUGUUGCAUCGUUUGUAAAUCAAUAAGGCUAAUCUGUAAGAAAAUACAAGAUUCUUGCCGCAGAAAACGGUCGUGAAAUGUCAGAAUGUGUUAUGCAACUUAUAAUUAACAAUAUCUACUGGUAGGGCUUUGUGCAAGUUCUGGGUAGGUACCACCCACUCAUCAGAUAUUCUACCGCAAAACAGCAGUACUUGGUAUUGUUGUGUUCCGGGGUGAGUGAGCCAGUUUUAAUUGCAUUCCCAAGGUUGGUGGCGCAUUGGUGAUGUAAGCGAUGGUUGACAUUUCUUACAAUGCCAAUGUCUAAGGGCGUUUGGUGACCACUUACCAUCAGGUGGCCCAUAUGCUCGUCCGCCGUCCUAUUCUAUAUAAAAAAAAAUUAUAACAUUUCAAGAAUACACGCGUCAAAAUAGUAUAUCACUAUAAAUCGGUUGUCAACAUUUCACAGAUGAGUAAUGAAGUGAGUUCUUACAGGUUAUCCCUGCAUAUAUUGUAUACACGAAAUAUUUUGUAUAUUUUACAAUUAUACAAUAAAUAUCUUUAUUAUACAAUACGUAUACAAUUAUACAAAUAAAAGGAACCAACGGUCAAGUGAUAUUUGAUAAUAAAUUUUGACAUAUCCAAAUAUCUAUAAGCCAAGGAAAUGCCAAAGAUUUGAGAUAAAACGGUGCCAUUAUUAUUCUGAAGGCAAUAACAAAGUAAUUUCUUUCGCAUUUCUUGAAUCUAACUUGAGUUUUAUUUUUGUUAUUUUGUUUUAAAAAACACGGUAUUUGAGUAAGUCUUAACAGAUAUAGUCAACGUGACAGGCCAACAUACUUAAGACCAGUGAGAAUGUCACUAUUGUUGAAAUUAAUGUCGCUAUUCCAAUCAAAUUAAAUAAUUCUUUAACUAAUUGAAUACUUGACCCAAUAAAAGCACAGGAAUAAUAAAAAAAUCUAUAAUAUUAUAUAUUUAAUUGACUUUAUCUUUUAAUAAAAUUAUCUGUAUUUGGCGACUAUUAAAAUAAAAAAAAAACACUUUUAGCAUUACUUAUAAACCUUUUUUAAGCGGCUGUUCAGUUAUGCACUGAUUUCUCUCUUUCCAUCAUCAUUGAUUUCACAUUCGAAAGAAGAAAACAGCACUUUUUAAACAAUCACCUAUUAAACAAGAUUUAUAGGUUUUUCUUAAACUAAAUGCAGAUAAGACCAAGUCAAACAAUCUAUAAGAUACAACUAACACCAUCUAUUGACAUGAGAAUGAGUUACUAUUUGAGACAAGACAAAAAACAAAUUCCUUAUCGAUUUGAGAUAAAAUAUUUACAACUCAAUGUGCCUAGUGCGAGCUUUUUUUACUUAUUCGAUAGUGUAAACGUUAAUUACGUAAUAAUACUUUAAAUAAUGAUAAAUUACGAUUACUGUCACUAGAUGGCGCUGUUUUAAUUCCACACAAAUUGUACUAUUUUUAUUGAUUUUCUGUUCCGUUUGAUAGAUAUGUCUGUGUAUACUUAGGGUUUCUUUAUUGCCUGAAAUAGAAUUUUUAUAUUAUUAAAAAUGGCGUCGUUAAUUCUACAUUUGCUCACCGCUCCAGAUAAGAUAUUGGCGCUGUAGGCCAAUGUUGGCCCAUAGUCUAUAGGUGGCCUCGAAUUAUAAAAAAAUAUUAACAAUUCGGUUUAUAUCCUAAUAAAAAUAGUUACCAUUUUCUAUAGAAAAAAUCGAUUUGUCGUGUGAAUAAUGAACAUCGAAAUUGAAUAUUUUGUUUGCUCUGUCUAGGAAUUUAUUUGUGUUGUAAGAAAAUUUAAUUUUCUUAAUAAUCACAUAGAUUUUUUAAUUCGUAUUUUAAGUAUUUAUAAAAUAUAUUAUACAUUCAAUUAAAAUAGCACAAUUUUAAAUUAAUACUUAAAAUACGUAUUUAUAUUUAUUAUACAUGGUGCUUUAUUUUGAAGCAUUUUUUGAAUAUAUUUAAACAAAAUUGAUAUUUAAUGUAUGUAUUAGUUUUUAAUAAAACUGCGCAGCUUAACUAUUAUAAUUCAGACUAGUAAUAAGUCUCAAAUCGCUUUGACUCGACGUGAUCGAAAGUCAUUUAUAUACAAGGCAAGUGAAGGACCAGGAUAUUGAACAUAUAUAAAUAUAAUAUAAAGUAAAUGUGAUAUAAAAAAAUAUAUUUUUAGAUGAUAUUUAUAUAUAUAUAUAUAUAUAUA